UGCAAUUUGGGCAAUUUCACCCUCUUGCUCAUUUCUGCAGAUUCUGCAAUUUAUGUUUUGAUGCUUAAUGAGCUUCAUGGCAAAGUAUGUGGACCUUAUGAAAUAGGUAUUGAAGCGACCGAGGACAUGACUUUAUCGAAUUUCGAAGCUUCAACUGAUACCUUACGCGAGGCUCCGCUACAAUCUUCAGAGUGGCAUUCCUCACUUCCAAAUUUCAUCUCCAAAAAUCCACCCCAAAGAUGCCGAUUCUUUCCCAAUUCUACCAUCGAUCUCACCUAUUCCUCACUUCAAACUGGCAAUCACUCCUUUGAUGAUUUUUCUGUUGGAAUCAGUGACUUCAAAGAAGAUCUCACCACAGAAAUUGCUCUUUUUCACGCUUGUGAAGAUGUCAUCUGUACUCUUGAGGCCUCACUGUUUUCCGCUCGUCUUCCUAAAUCCCAACAAAAAACUGAGAGGAUUCUGGUUGACUCAGAUGAUCUUCUGGAUCCUAUGCCAUUUACUUCCUCCAAAUCAUUUUCGAAUUUCAAGCAUUUUUCUUCUCUGCCGAAUCUUCUAGAAUUACAGGAAAAGAAGAUCGAAGAUUCUUUUGCACGCUGUUGCUCUCUACAUCGGCUCAGUGUUUUUAAUUCUUCCGGCACUCUCCACUUCAAAGAUGCCUCCACAAACAACAAUACUGAGGAGGCAGACGAUAUGGUUAACUUUGAUUCCUGCCAAACAGCCCUGGUAUCAGGUGGUUUAGUUCGAGCUGUGCUACAAGACACAUUUCCACCAGUCACAAGACUUCCCCUUCGCAUUCGACAACUUCAGGAACGAGUGGCGACUAUGUCUGACACUGAUUGGGUCGUCAAGUAUCAAAAAAGCGCCAAUUACGAGUCUAAUGAUUUUACAAAUGAGGGUACACGCUUAGGCCAAUUUGGACUUAGGAAUGUAUCGAGUUUCUCAACGUUAUUUGAGACUGACUAUCGUCAGAAUAAAAAUUUUGAUGUUGUGGAUCCUCUCUUGUCGCCGUUUGAAAUAAACACAGGCUCAACUCCUAGUAGUCCUUUCUUGUCGACCAAACAACAACUUCCCUUAGUCGGUGUUGAAAACUUCUUCUAUACUGGGUCUACCACCAAUGAGCAAACGCCUAUUCAACAACAACAACAGAAAGCUGGUAGCAUGAGUCGAUUGAAUUGGGUGUCCUCUAAAAACCUCAUCAUUAGUCCUAUUAUACCAAGGGAGAAACGAAAAGGAAUACUAAUGAGCCAACAGAAUCGCUGCUUUGGUUGCGGAAUUUAUGUUGAAACAAAAUACCUUCGAAGUAUGCGUUUCUGUGAGUACUUUGGCCGCUUUUUCUGCAGUAUGUGCCAUUCAAAUACCCUGAUGGUUCUACCCGGCGCUUUGGUACAAACAUGGAGUGGUACCAUGUAUCCGGUGAGCAAGUUUGCUCGAGAUCUCCUCACUCCCCUUCACAAUCUCCCACUCCUCCAUUCCGCCGAUUUUGGGCCUGAACUUCGACGAAAACCUCAAUGGACCCUGCUGGAUGCCAUCCAACUCCGCAAGCAGGCCAUGGCUAUAGUACCGUUUCUUAAACUCUGUCAUGACAGUAAGUAUUCUCUCUUCUGA